AUGACAGCUGUCGAAACCCAAAUUACAUACAGCAACUCCUACACGACCCACCAUGAAGUCACGUACAUGACUCAAGAAGAUGAAUGGGACAGGGACCUGCUGCUAGACCCAGCCUGGGAGAAGCAACAGAGGAAGACCUUCACAGCUUGGUGCAACUCCCACUUGAGGAAGGCUGGGACACAGAUUGACAACAUUGAAGAGGAUUUCAGAAAUGGCCUCAAACUCAUGCUGCUGCUGGAGGUCAUAUCAGGCGAGAGACUGCCCAAACCCGACAAAGGCAAGAUGCGUUUCCACAAGAUCGCCAACGUGAACAAAGCCCUAGACUUCAUCUGCAGCAAGGGAGUCAAGCUGGUGUCUAUUGGUGCUGAGGAAAUUGUUGACGGUAAUGUGAAAAUGACCCUUGGUAUGAUCUGGACCAUCAUCCUGCGCUUCGCCAUCCAGGACAUCUCUGUGGAAGAGACCUCUGCUAAGGAGGGUCUGCUGCUGUGGUGCCAGAGGAAGACUGCCCCCUACAGGAAUGUCAACGUGCAGAACUUCCACAUCAGUUGGAAGGAUGGCCUGGCUCUGUGUGCCCUCAUCCACAGACACAGACCUGACCUCAUUGACUACUCCAAACUGAGAAAGGAUGACCCUAUUGGUAAUCUGAACACUGCUUUCGAUGUGGCUGAAAAGUUCCUGGACAUCCCCAAGAUGCUUGACGCUGAAGAUAUUGUGAACACACCCAAACCUGAUGAGAAGGCCAUCAUGACCUAUGUGUCCUGUUUCUACCACGCCUUCGCUGGUGCUGAGCAGGCUGAGACUGCUGCCAACCGUAUCUGCAAGGUGCUGGCUGUCAACCAGGAGAACGAGAGACUGAUGGAGGAGUAUGAGAAGCUGGCCAGUGAGCUGCUCGAGUGGAUCCGCCGCACCAUCCCCUGGCUGGAGAACCGUGUGCCGGAGAAGACCAUGCGUGCCAUGCAGCAGAAGCUGGAGGAUUUCCGUGACUACCGUCGUGUCCACAAGCCACCCCGUGUCCAGGAGAAAUGCCAGCUAGAGAUAAACUUCAACACCCUGCAGACCAAGCUGAGACUUAGCAACAGGCCUGCCUUCAUGCCCUCUGAGGGCAAAAUGGUGUCGGAUAUUGCCAAUGCAUGGAAGGGCCUGGAGCAGGUGGAGAAGGGCUAUGAGGAGUGGCUGCUCACUGAGAUCCGCCGCCUGGAGAGACUCGAUCACUUGGCUGAGAAGUUCAAGCAGAAGUGUGCCAUGCAUGAGGCCUGGACAAAAGGUAAGGAGGACAUGCUAUCCCAUAAGGACUAUGAGUCAGCUUCUCUGAUGGAGAUAAGAGCCCUCAUGAGGAAGCAUGAGGCCUUUGAGAGCGACCUCGCUGCUCACCAGGACAGAGUGGAGCAGAUUGCUGCUAUCGCCCAGGAGCUGAAUGAGCUGGACUACCACGAUGCUGCCACAGUCAACUCCCGCUGCCAGGGCAUCUGUGACCAGUGGGACAACCUGGGCACACUCACCCAGAAGAGGAGGGAUGCCCUGGAGCGUGUGGAGAAGCUGUGGGAGACCAUUGACCAGCUGUACCUGGAGUUUGCCAAGAGGGCAGCACCCUUCAACAACUGGAUGGACGGGGCAAUGGAGGACCUGCAGGACAUGUUUAUUGUCCACAGUAUUGAGGAGAUCCAGAGUCUGAUCACUGCUCACGACCAGUUCAAGGCCACUCUGCCUGAGGCCGACAAGGAGCGCAUGGCUACCCUGGGCAUCCACAAUGAGAUCCUGAAGAUCGCUCAGACCUAUGGCAUCAAGCUGUCCGGAAUCAACCCUUACACCAACCUCACCUCACAGGACAUCAGCACUAAGUGGGACACUGUGAAGCACCUUGUGCCCCUCAGAGACCAAAUGCUUCAGGAGGAGGUGGCCAGACAGCAGGCCAACGAGAGACUGAGGCGCCAGUUCGCUGCGCAGGCCAACAUCAUCGGACCCUGGAUUCAAACCAAGAUGGAGGAGAUCAGCCGUGUGUCUGUGGACAUCGCCGGCUCCCUGGAGGAACAGAUGAACAGCCUGAAGCAGUACGAACAGAACAUCAUCAACUACAAAUCCAACAUCGACAAGUUGGAGGGAGACCACCAGCUCAGUCAGGAGUCCCUCAUCUUUGACAACAAGCACACCAACUACAGCAUGGAGCACAUCCGUGUGGGCUGGGAGCAGCUGCUCACCACCAUCGCCAGAACCAUCAACGAGGUGGAGAACCAGAUCCUGACCCGUGAUGCCAAGGGCAUCAGCCAGGAACAGCUCAACGAGUUCAGAGCCUCCUUCAACCACUUCGACAGGAAGAGAAACGGCAUGAUGGACCCAGACGACUUCCGUGCCUGCCUCAUCUCCAUGGGUUACGAUCUGGGUGAGGUGGAGUUUGCGCGCAUCAUGACCCUGGUAGACCCUAACAACACGGGCGUGGUGACUUUCCAGGCCUUCAUCGACUUCAUGACCCGCGAAACCGCUGAGACCGACACUGCAGAACAAGUCAUGGCUUCCUUCAAGAUUCUGGCCUCAGACAAGAACUACAUCACAGCGGAGGAGCUGCGCAGGGAGCUGCCCCCCGAGCAGGCCGAGUACUGCAUCACCCGCAUGACCAGGUACAUCGGACCCGACACCCCCUCCGAUGCCCUGGACUACAUCUCCUUCUCAAGCGCGCUUUACGGAGAGAGCGACUUGUAAAGAAGCAGCUUCUCUUCACCACCUCCUCCCAUCUCUCCUAUUUGGAGAGAGCAAUGUAGACCCUUCCACGGCCCUUAGUUGUCUUAUCCUAAACUUCUCCCUGCCCAUCCCAUCCCCCAUCACCACUGCCGAGAGAAGGUGAGAGCAGAAGACUCUGUUCAAACUCGGUUCUUUUAGAGUGUCUUAAAAAAAAAAAAACUAGGUGUGGCAGGAAUUGCCUAACAUAUGUAAGCAGCAUACAUAUACCACACCUGCCACCUUUAGGACUGUUAAACAGAAGCAGAUACUGAGGAAGAAGUUUAGAGAAAUCCUGUUUUGAGUGAAGCCUUCUGCUCUCCCUGCUCUCACGUGACUUUUUGUAGAAGGGUAAUUAAAGAAGAAAUGUGAUAAAGCUGGUUGGUUGUGUAUUUGUGCAGAUGCAUGCAAUGCUGAAGUUUAGAAACUGUCAGAGCCUGACAGACAGUAACAUUAGCUUGUGAACGUUUCAGGCAGCAGAGGAGCUGCAAUCUUACAGUCAGUCCAACACUGACGCUCUGUUAAGAAGAACACCACUGCACUGUGGAACCCGACAGUUCGUGGUAGCCAAAAUUAACCCAGACAUCUCUUAAACCCCAAAGAAGCUCAGAAACAAACAGAGGGUGAAUGAGAGCACCUAUGUUUUGAAGCACUGAAUCUUAAGAUGAAGACAGCAGGCAAAGCAAAGGAUUGUGGGUAAUUGUAGGCAAAGAGAGAACCAUGGCUAGAUGGGACUCAGGAACGAAGCCAGAGAGAGACCAGCUGCACACAGCCUCCAUGUCUCUGUCCAAACUCUGUUUACUGUGACAUGCAUCGCAGCUAAAUUUAAAACGAGGAGAGACAGAGAGAAGAGGGGUUGAGCAGUGAGAGACGACAGGGCAUCAGAAAAGUUGUGGACAAAAUAAGUUGAAUCGAUAUUGUACGUGGGACCACAGCAGGAAGUGACAGGGUUUUGGUCCCAUUUUAAAUGACAGGUCAGCCAUGAUAACCAGUGCAAGUUGACUUCAUCUGUGUUCCAUUCUCCUCCCCCCUCCUCCUCAGCUCAUCAUCACCGAUGCCACUAAAACUCAUUUUCACACAGGUACAUUAAAAAA